CAUAUCGGUCACGAAUCUGCCUUCUUGGCUUUGUCCCCAACUUUCGAGAAUUUCGUCAGACGGAGCACAGCUAUCACAGUUGGCAUUGCCAACGAACGUGUCAACGGAAGAGACUCGUCAUCUCUCAUGUUCUGGCCUCAGAUCGAGCCGGCUACUUUUGUCAACUUGAUGGAGUAUGCUUACUCCCUCGACUACACAGUGCCUGCUUUGUCCAAAUGCAAGCAGAACGGCACCUUCAACGCGAUCAAGGAAGAGAAUGGAAGCGAUAAUACACCUAAUUUAGCGAGCGAUGAUGGCGAAGGGAACGUCAAUGCACCCGGAGAUACGACUCAUGCGAGACCCUCAAGAGCGGGGGGUUCCGCGCCGGAGCUGCAAGUACUCGACAGAAUACCCAGCAGCCUGAGAUAUCGUCAUUGUACAUGUGGAUCAGGAGUGUCUCGGAAGAUUCGCAGCCUCAGCAGCAUACCAGCGCUCAGUACAAGUUCUGCGAGAAGCAUUUCCCCAUUGCUUCUGAAGCCAUCGAGGCGGCAACUGAAGACUGGCUAGAAGACAUCAAGCAACAACAUCGGAAUGGCUAUAAGGAAGUCUUCCUUGCACAUGCCAAGCUAUAUCUCGUUGCAAACCAGUUCAAGAUUGUCGAACUCAAGAGACUCUGCUUGCACAAACUUCGUCAGAGCCUCUUACAUGCUCCAGGCACCGACGAGAUGUUGCGAGCCACAGCCGUUACAAUUCAGCACGUUUAUUCCAAUACCACAUCCCGAGAUGACGAUCUCAGAAAGUUGCUAUUGCAAUUCUGUCUCACCGACAUGGAGUGGAUGAUGAGAGACAAGGAUCUGGAACCAGUGCUGGAGAGUGUCCCUGGUUUUGCCAUUGAUCUGUUUCGCGAGAUUCCCCAUGACUACUGGAGAGAGCUCAGAGACGGAGGGCCCGCGUGAGAGGUGGUAGCGAGUGCAUGGGGACAUGGACACGAAGGAUGCGUUGACUCAGCCGAGAAAGGUGUAGUCGAGGGUUUCUUGCUGCCCAGACGAGCGAGCCUCUCUUCAUUGGGCGGAGCGAGAAAACUGCCAGGCAAAAUCGUGCAAUCUGAGGAUAGAGAUUUUUCAGGCUAGGAUAUCUUGGGAGGAGAAGGUACGCGAUUUUGAAUCUGUGGGGAGGAUUUCUAGAAUCCAAGGAAAUAAUCCAAUGCAAACCGUUCUUU